UCAGUGUCAGAGCAACACGAUGGGUGAAUUAAGGUGGAUUAAAAUGUCUUUAUUUCUGAUUCUGCUGCUUCAGUUUAGAGCAGUGACAGGACAAGAUUCCUCCAUCACUGUCAGAGAUGAAGAUGACGUCACUUUGUCUUGUAAAAAUACCAUAAAAGGUCAGGACACAUGUGACAGCACUACCUGGAUAUACAGUACAUCAGAAAACUCACCAGUAGUAGAGCUGAUUAAACUUGGGCAGAUUGGUGAAAAAGCCAAAACUAAAUCAGACAGACUGAGUGUUACAGCGGACUGUUCUCUGGUUAUAAAGAAGGUCACAGUUGAGGAUGCUGGUCGUUACACCUGCAGACAGUACGACAGAUCAGGACAACAACAAGGUCCAGACGCUAGGGUUCAUCUGUCUGUUGUUAGCAUUGAUGAAAAGAAGGAUGCUGAUGAUAAGGUGACAUUAACCUGUGCUAUGUGGACAUAUGGACAAUGUCAAGGCAGCGUGGAGUGGCUGUUUGAGGGCAGUAGGGAUGAUUUCAGAGACGUGGGGAUGUUAGGAUUCCCUUGCAGAGUCUCUGUGACAUUUACAGCUUCCAGUCGUGCUCAGAAGUCAAAAUAUUCAGAGUUAUUUAAGUGUAAAGUGACUGAACGUUACGGUGGAGGGACAGUGCUGUGUAACCCCGCCCCUCAGUCCUCAUGUGAGAAACAGGCAGUGACAGGACAAGAUUCCUCCAUCACUGUCAGAGAUGAAGAUGACGUCACUUUGUCUUGUAAAAAUGCCAUAAAAGGUCAGGACAGAUGUGACAGCACUACCUGGAUAUACAGUAGAUUAGAACGCUCACAAGUAGUAGAGCUGAUUAAACUUGGGCAGAUUGGUGAAAAAGCCAAAGCUAAAUCAGACAGACUGAGUGUUACAGCGGACUGUUCUCUGGUUAUAAAGAAGGUCACAUUUCAUGAUGUUGGUCGUUACACCUGCAGACAGUUCGACACAUCAGGACAACAACAAGGUCCAGACGCUAGGGUUCAUCUGUCUGUUGUUAGCAUUAAAGAACAGAAGGAUGCUGAUGAUAAGGUGACAUUAACCUGUGCUAUGGGGACAUAUGGACAAUGUGAAGGCAUAGUAGAGUGGCUGUUUGAGGGCAGUAGGGAUGAUUUCACAGACGUGGGGAUGUCUGGAGUUCCCUGCAGAGUCUCUGUGACAUUUACAGCUUCCAGUCGUGCUCAGAAGUCAAAAUAUUCAGAGAUAUUUAAAUGUAAAGUGACUGAACGUUACGGUGGAGGGACAGUGCUGUGUAACCCCGCCCCUCAGUCCUCAUGUGAGAAACAGGGAAGCACGACAAGAGUGGAAAACAAAACAUCUGAUGGUCCAACAAAACUACCCGCUUGUGCAGAUUGUUCUGCUCUGAUCUACAUAAUGUUGGUGAUGCGUGUGGCUGAACUCGUCCUCAUCACUGUUGUUACUGUUCUUCUCUUCAGAGCUCGAGCAGGGAACCAGAGACCACCUGAUGACCACACUGUUUCUUACUCAGUAAGAAGCAGAACAGCGAGGCGUUCAGGUCCAGCAGCCAGUCAGAUGGAUCAUGGUGAAGAUGACGAUGUUAACUAUGAAAACUUCGGAGAAAAUUCAGCAUCUGUCUGACUCCACAACUAAAAACAAACAGCUUCCACGCCGACAUCACCUAACUAAAAGAAAAACAAAAUGUAAUUAAAGAUUAUUUAAUUACAAAGUUAAUUAUCUGGAAUCAUAACAUCAUUUUGAGUCUUUUUUUAGGUGUUGAAACGCUUAAAAUUAGCUUCCAGCUUAACAAUUUAGAGUCCAUUUCAAGAUUUGACUCAUUGCUUUUGUAGUUGUAGCUUUGCCUGAGUUUCUUAUUUUUAUUUUAUCUCUUUGCAAACCCAAGAAAUACAUGCAUUUUCAUUUACAGUAUUGCUGUAAACAUGUUUGUUUGUAGUCCAAUAUAUUCUCAUAGACUUUGUAAUGUGUGGUUGAAUGAGCUUUAAGCCUCAACAGAGUCUAUUUUCAUAACUGAGAAUUAUAUAAUGUGGAAAUUCAAACAGCUUGAUAAUCACCUGAACUAUAUAUGAUGUAUUUUGUUAAACAGUAUUAUGGCUUUACUGUAAAAGGUGAAUAUUGUUUGCAAUAAAUAUUGAUAUACAUUUUAA